AUCCCAGCAACGAUCUUUCUCAUGCAAGAAGCCUCUAUUUAAGAUCGUUGUCCCACUAAACAUCAACUAACUCUCCACUCCAAUUCUCCACCUCCUCCUCCUCCACCACCACCAUGCAAUCCUCUCAACCUCCUACUCCGACCCAUUUACGGUACUUGCGGGACGAGGACAUGCCGCAGGCAUUCAAGGACUUAAUCUCCUCUCUCCCUUCAGAAAAAGACUGGAUCGCCACCCCUCUCCGCUUGUACCAGGGCUUCUGGUUCCCCUCUUGGUUCCUGAAUGGCGUCCUCGCUUGCCAAAACCACUUCCAAGCUCACCCCUCUGACAUCCUCCUCGUCACCAGCCCGAAAUGCGGCACCACCUGGCUAAAGGCCAUCCUCUUCGCUCUUUUGAACCGUGCCAAGUACUCCAACUCCGACUCACAACGACGCCACCCUCUCCUAACCCAAAACUCCCACGACCUCGUGCCCUACUUGGAGCUCAAGCUCUAUCUCGAGCAAGAAAAUCCUGAUCUCGCUGCUUUAGCGCCCCCGAGGCUCCUCGCCACCCACAUGCCUUAUUCCUUGCUUCCACAGUCGGUGAGGGACUCCAACUGCAAGCUGGUUUACAUGUGUAGGAACGCCAAGGACACCUUCGUCUCAUUGUGGCACUUCACCAACAAGCUGAAGCCCGAAGAGAAAGGUCAGAUGCAGAUCCAGGAGUGCCUCGACAAGUUUUGUCAAGGGCUGAGCGCUUACGGGCCUUACUGGGACCAUGUGCUGGGUUACCACAAGGCGAGCUUGGAGAAGCCCGAGAAGGUGUUGUUCAUGAUGUACGAGGAGAUGAAAGAGGAUCCGCAUGCUCAUGUGAGGAGGUUGGCCGAUUUCCUGGGGUGUCCAUUCAGUGAAGAGGAACUGAGAGAUGGGACGGCGGAGGGAAUACUGAGGAUGUGUAACUUUGACAAUUUGAGCACAUUGGAGGUGAAUAAGUGCGGGAAGUUGUCGAGUGGAGAAGACAACAAGUGGUUCUUCAGGAAAGGCGAGGUUGGAGAUUGGGUGAAUUACAUGAGUGCUGAGAUGGGGGAGAGACUUGACAGUGUCAUGGAAGAGAAGUUGCAUGGUUCUGGUUUGAAGCUUUGAAGUUCGGUUAAGUAGAAAAAGUAUCUGCAGGCCAUUGAUGAAGCUUUGUAUAUCUCAUGCUAUGGGAUGAAAGGUCUUCGGUGGCAUUGUCAAUCGUGGCUUCGUCUCCAUGGAGAGAUGCUUCAUGGUUGUGAUUUUAGUCUUCAUUGAUUUGGCCAACACGUAGUUGGCUAAUAAAAAGCUGCCUUCCUUCUCGCUGGGAGCUUAUGGAUUUUUCUUCUGUUGUUCUUUUCAGUUCCUUUUUAUAUUUUUGCUGUGUGAAGCUUCGGGGCAUAUGGUCUUCUAUAUGUGUUGUAGUUUAAUAAACAUUCUAGUUCAUAUUUGUA